UUAGAAAAUAAAAAAGGGAACAUAAGAACAGAGUCCAGUCCAGAGUGUCAUCAUCAUUCAGCUCCGAGCCUCCGACGACAACCUUUCUCUUUCUUCCCUCAACUAACCCUUCUCCGACAAGUGAACCAGAAUUAUUGCUGCUGCAAAGUCAUCUGAGUCUACGUUGACUGUUGUCUUUUGCUUGAUCGUGUGUUUGUUGGGUGAGGGAAGAGGUUCUGUCUUCAUAGGUUUCUUCUGUGAUGGCACACACCUUAACUGGGCAGCUUGUGGGUUCAGAGAUACAUGGCUUCCACACUUUGCAGGACCUGGAUGUUGAGAACACUUUGGAGGAAGCAAAAAGCAGAUGGCUUCGUCCCAAUGAGAUUCAUGCUAUACUCUGUAACCACAAAUAUUUCACCAUCUAUGUCAAGCCAGUCCGUUUGCCCAAAAGUGGUACAAUUGUACUAUUUGACCGCAAGAUGCUUAGGAACUUCCGAAAAGACGGGCACAACUGGAAAAAGAAAAAAGAUGGGAAAACUGUUAAAGAAGCACAUGAGCACUUAAAAGUUGGUAAUGAAGAAAGGAUCCACGUAUAUUAUGCACAUGGCCAAGAUAACCCUAGCUUUGUUCGUAGAUGUUAUUGGUUACUUGAUAAGAGUCUGGAGCACAUAGUCCUUGUCCAUUAUCGUGAAACGCAGGAGUCACAAGGUUCUCCUGCUACACCUGUAAAUUCAACUUCAAGUUCUGCCUCUGGUCCAACUGGACCUUUGAUUUUAUCAGAAGACUUGGAUUCUGGGACCAACAAUGCUUACACUGAAGGGCUUAAUGACAAUUUAACAACCGAAAGUCAUGACCUGAGGCUUCAUGAGAUUAAUACACUCGAAUGGGAUGACCUACUGGUUCCAAAUGCUAACACCUCUAAUGUGCCUAAUGGAGGCAAUGAACUAUAUUUGUAUCAACAAAAUCAAACUUCUCCGAAUGACAGUUUUGGCAAUGUUGCCAGUAAUCCUUCUGCAGAAAUACCUUCUUUUGGUAACUUAACUCAGCCUAUUUCUGGAAGCAACAAUGUUCCUUACAAUUUUCCAGAAAGCGUUAAUCUUCAGAGUAAUUGUCCUAUCUCUUCUGGUGGUGUUGGUUCCAUAGGCACGGUAGUCGAUGAAGGCUUGCAAAAACAGGACAGCUUUGGAACAUGGAUAAACAACAUAAUAUCUGAUACACCAUGUUCUGUAGAUGGGUCAGCUCUUGUAUCAUCAAUUUCUUCAUCAGUAGUGGUGGAUAAUCAGCCAUCUUAUCUGCCAGAACAAGUAUUUAAUCUCACUGAGGUGUCCCCUACUUGGGCAUCUUCCACUGAGAAGACAAAGGUCUUGGUAACUGGAUUUUUUCAUAAUGACUAUCAACACCUUACAAAGUCUAAUCUACUGUGUGUAUGUGGUGAUGUAAGUGUUCCUCUAGAAUUUGUUCAGGUUGGAGUUUAUCGAUGUUGGGUAUCACCACAUUCUCCUGGAUUCGUGAAUCUCUAUAUGAGCUUGGAUAGCCAAAAGCCCAUUAGCCAAGUUGUUAAUUUUGAGUAUAGGACUCCUAUUUUGCAUGAUCCUGCUUCCUCAAUGGAACAGAAAUACAACUGGAAUGAAUUUCGGCUUCAGACGAGGCUUGCUCAUUUGCUCUUCACUACAAAAAGGAGCCUUGAUGCUUUCUCUAGUAAAGUAUCACCUAAUGCACUGAAAGAGGCUAGAAAGUUUGCAGACAAAACAUCAUUUGUUACCAAAUAUUGGCAGAACCUGAUGAAGUCAGUUGACGACAAUACAGCUCCAUUUCCACAAGCAAAAGACGACCUAUUUGAAAUUGCAUUGAAAAACAAACUAAAGGAAUGGCUUUUGGAACGAAUUGUCUUAGGAUGUUGUAAGACUACCGAGUACGAUUCACAAGGCCAAGGUGUAAUUCAUUUGUGUGCUGUUUUGGGAUAUACGUGGGCUGUUUCUCUAUUUUCAUGGUCAGGCUUGUCCCUGGAUUUCCGUGACAAAUUCGGAUGGACAGCUCUUCAUUGGGCAGCCUAUUAUGGAAUGGAGAAAAUGGUUGCAGUUCUGUUGUCUUAUGGGGCAAGACCUAACUUAGUCACAGAUCCAACUCCACAAAAUCCUGGUGGAUGUACUGCUGCUGAUCUUGCUUAUAUGAAGGGAUAUGAUGGCUUAGCAGCUUAUCUUUCAGAAAAAUCUCUGGUUGAGCAGUUCAAUGACAUGAGCUUAGCUGGAAACAUCAGUGGCUCACUGGAAACAACUAGCACAACUGAUCCAGUAAAUCCUGAGAACCUCACUGAGGACCAGUUAUACAUAAAGGAUACAUUGGCAGCUUACCGCACAGCUGCCGAGGCAGCAGCGCGCAUACAGGUUGCAUUUAGGCACCGCUCAUUGAAAUUGCGAUCUCAGGCUGUUGAGUUUCUCAGCCCGGAGGAAGAAGCGCGUCAAAUAGUAGCAGCAAUGAAGAUUCAACAUGCCUUUCGCAACUUCGAGACAAGGAAAAUGAUGGCAGCUGCUGCUCGGAUCCAGUAUAGAUUCCGUACAUGGAAGAUGCGCAAAGACUUUCUCCUCAUGCGACGUCAGGCUAUUAGAAUUCAAUCUGCAUUCAGGGCCUUUCAAGCGCGGAGGCAGUAUCAUAAAAUCAUGUGGUCUGUUGGAGUGCUGGAGAAAGCAAUCCUGCGUUGGCGUUUAAAGAGAAAAGGCUUCCGUGGGCUCCAGGUGAAUCUGGAUGAAGAAAUGAAAGACGAGAAGCAGGAAAGUGAUGUAGAGGAGGAAUUCUUUCGGACUGGUAGGAAACAAGCAGAAGAACGUGUUGAGAGGUCUGUGGUACGUGUACAGGCCAUGUUCCGUUCUAAGAAAGCACAAAAAGAGUAUAGCAGGAUGAAGAUGGCACAUAGUCAAGUCAAGCUGGAACUGGAAUUAGAAGAGUUCCUCAAUUCUGAAGUUGACAUGUCAUCAAGUAAGAUAUAGCUUGCCAAAAUAAUGUUGCCAUGAAAGGUUUUUGUUUUUGAGAUGUAGCCAAACUCCUUUAGAUUCAUGUAACAAACUAUUGAUAGCUUGGUGCCUCUUUUGUAUAGCCUGUAGAUCCUGUAAAGUCCAUAGUGUAGAUGGAACACAUGACCCUUUCAAGUUGCUUUAAUGUCUUGAUUGGGUCAUUUGUGAAGCUUUCUUGUAUAAUUAAGCUCUCUACGGUGGAUGAUUCUGAUGCAACUUGCAAGACCAAGUAUGGAGUUUAAUCACAUAAUUGUUAGCAGAA